UCGGCGAUGAGAGAUCUCGCUCCACCACCGCGCAGGACGCACCUUCCUCCUUCCCUUUCUGUUCCGCGUCUUCUUCUUCUUCUUCCCACCGAACCUCUGCGUGUUGUAGAUCUUCGAGGUCACUCAGUCUUCUUUGUUUUUUUUUCCUCCGUAAAUUUAGUUGGAGUUCAUGGGGGUCCCGGCCGCCUUCCACGACGCGCUGCCGCCGAAGUUCGUCUGCCAUAUCAUUUUACUCCUCGGGUACGUCCGCCGGAUCAUCUGCCGGGGCUUCGAAGCCGUCGGCCUCGGCGACCUGCUCGAGCACGACGACGCCCCCUGGCCUGAUUCCGCUCAGCUCGAGGCGCGGCGCCAGGAGUCGCCGCGGUUCUGGUCGCCGUCGGCGCUGCUGAUCCAGGAGGCGCUCCCGGUGGUGCGGUACGAGGAGAUAGCGACGGCGGCGGAGGGGAAGUACGUAGGCGGCGGAUGCGCGGUCUGCCUGUACGAGUUCGAGGCGGCGGAGGAGGUCCGGCGGUUGAGUAACUGCCGCCACGUCUUCCACCGCGGCUGCCUGGACCGGUGGCUGGAGCACGAGCAGUGCACGUGCCCGCUGUGCCGCACGCCACUGCUGCCGGAGGAGAUGCGGGGCGCGCUAGAUGGCUCAAUGUGGGCUGCCGCCGCCGCCGUCCCGGACUCGUACUACGACGACCUCGACGACUUCUACUCCUCCCCCGCUGCCUCGCAGAGCUCCACCAUGCUUCUCCUCCAUCAACAACAGCCUUUUUCUGCUUAUUAACUACAAAUUCCAGGGGUUGAAUCUGCCAAUUGUAAAUACCACACAGCAAAGGAAUCAAACCAGUAGCUAGAAUUUACAGGGGAAAACAUAAAAGAAACGAAAUAACAACAGCGAGAGAGAAUCAGAAACACUGUUUCUUUUCUUUUUUUUUUUUAUGUCUUAAUAGGAGUUUGGAAUUUGUUUUGCAGUGUGAAGAAUUUUGUUUAUUUGUGUGGCUGUAGAAAGUGUAGCAAAAGUGAUGAUAGAAAGACAUUUAUGAGGAUUUUACUUGCUCUUUAA